UUCGAUCGGCAUUCAGUUGGGUUCGUUUCAGACCGAUCAAUUACUCUGCCAUUUUCUUGCCAAAUCAUUCGCGUCGAUCGAGACCGAGCUUCGCUCCAGCUUCCAAUCAUUCGAUUUCAGCUUAAAGAUCCGAGCUUUUUGAUAUGUUUGUUAUGCUUGGGGUCAUGUGGGUUGUUGAAUUUGAUAUGUUUGAUGCCGCUUCUUGUUGCUCUGAUUUGGUUGUGGAGUAGUUGUGAGAUAUAUAUGCUUGAAUUUUGUGUAGCAAAGAGGAGGAAAUUGGUUUAUGCUAUUUGAAGUUUUCUUAUGCAUACAUGGAAGCUCUGUGUGAGCAGCUAUAGAGAAAGAGAUCAAUGUGAGCUGGGUGAUAGAUGAAGUCUCGGAGAUGAACAUGUUUUGGUUUCUUUCUCUGUUGGGUGAUCCCCGUGUGCGCAGUCCCAGGGCAUAGAUAUGAUGAUUUAAAGUCUAGUCUUUUGGUUUGGAUGGUCUUUUGGUUUGAUUUCAUGUAUUCAAGAUCAAGUCAAGCGAGUCUCGUUCUAUCUAAUUGGGGUUGGCUUAUAGAUCCUUUUCACACUGUUCCAUGAUAAUUUGAAGGCUAGUCUUCCAUGUAAACAUAAAAAAAGCCUGGUAUUUUAUGGGAUGUUAUGUUCUCUCUGGUAAUUUCCACAUUCCCUUUACAUUCUCUAGGAGCUCUUCUUGUUCUUGCAGGCCUUAGGAAGUUCACUGUGGCUGUAAUCCUUGGUUUCUCAUGAUGUCGCAUUUGGUGAUUUGUGAGAUGCAUUCAUUUCUUCAAUACCACUAGAGUGGUUUCUCAGACUUCGGCAUUGGACAGCAUUGGGACCGACAUGAAUAUCACUAUCUUUUGCUUUGGAUCUAGAAGAUGGAGCUGAAGCAACUGAGAAUUCUGGCGGAGUGGAAUUGGUAGAUUGCGAAGAAGAUCCUAUUGUCGAACCAUUUGAGGGUAUGGGGUUUGACUCCGAAGAUGCUGCCAAGAUCUUUUACGACGAGUAUGCUCGAAGAGUGGGAUUUGUAAUGCGCGUGAUGUCUUGCCGCCGUUCUGAAAGAGAUGGCAAGAUUUUAGCUCGUCGGCUUGGAUGCAAUAAGGAGGGUUACUGUGUUAGUAUACGAGGUAAAUUUGGACCAGUUAGGAAGCCAAGAGCGAGCACUAGGGAAGGUUGCAAGGCUAUGAUUCAUGUAAAGGUUGAUAGAGCUGGAAAAUGGGUAAUCACAAAAUUCGUAAAGGAACAUAACCAUCCGCUCGUCAUCUCUCCACGCGAAGCUCGUCAAACAAUGGACGAAAAGGACAAGAAAAUCCAGGAACUAACGGCCGAGCUGCGAAACAAGAAAAGGUUGUGUGCAGCAUAUCAAGAGCAGCUAACUGCAUUUGUGAAAAUCGUUGAGGAGCACAACGAUCAGCUCUCAAAGAAAGUUCAGUCCGUGGUGAACAAUAUUAGGAAAUAUGAACCCGUGGACCCGGGCCUUAUGAGGAGAAGUUAGCGUCGGUGUAUUGAUGAAUGCAGAAGAUGGCCGCGGGAGAGCAACGUGAGUUUUACAUAAAAUGUACUUGCCUGAGCAAUCGGAGGGCUUCUAGACGAGGGUUGAUGGUUAAUGAUUGCGAAGCAAUUAGCAAGAGAUCAUUAGCCCAGAAGUACAAGUAAAUUGACCAUCGGAAGAUUCCAAGGCGUCGGCAGUGGUUAUCCUACACGCUAUAUCUAGUGAUGGAGCAGUCAUAUUGUGCUUUUGAUCAUGGAAACACAGGAGUUUGGAGCCAACGGGAGCCCGGUCAUUACGACUCCUCUAGACUUGAUGACCAUGUGAUGAAUGGUCAAGAGGCAUAUUAUAGUUCGAUAUGAUCCGAAGGGGAAAAAAAUAGCCGGUUAAACGACCUAGUUAAAUUAUUUGAAAAUG